AUGGAGUUGUAUUGGAUGGUUGGUAAUGAUGGAAUGAAGAGAAACAUGGCUCAUGACAGCUCUGAGUUUUUGGGCUUCUUACUCAACAAACUACAAGAUCAAGAGAAUGCCUUCAACUUUUUUUGUAAUUUCUCUGAAGAGAAAGGAGAAGCUUUCACAACGCUGGUGCAAACUUUUUUCAACAGCAAGAUGUUGACUGUUUCACGAUGUUUGGUUUGUGGAACGGAGAGCGAUCGUGUCGAUCUAUUUAGAGAGCUGCAACUGUCCUUCCCCAACACCAACUACUCUGAAAACCAGACCGUGCAGUCGCUGCGGGACUACUUCUUUGAGCCGGAGAAAUUGACCGAAGAUAACCAAUGA